AAACUUUUAAAAUGACAGAGAAAUCAGCCUUACCAAUUGUAUUAGGAGCUAUGACCUUUGGUGCCAAAGGAAAGGAGCAGGCUCGUGUACAUGAUUACGAAACAGUUCAAGAGAUAAUAGAUACAUUCGGAGAGCACGGACACAAGGAGAUUGAUACAGCGAGAAUGUACGGAGGCGGUACUUCAGAAGAAUACCUCGGGCAUCUCCAAAUUCAUCGCAAAUACGACCUUUCAUCCAAAAUCUUUCCAUUCGAUCAGAGCUCAAAUGCACUUUCUGGUGGAAAAAAUAGUGUUAAACAUACAGCUAAGGAUAUUGAAGAGGAGAUCGAUACAUCCUUAAAAAACCUUGGGGUUAAGAAGCUCAAAAUAUGGUAUUUGCACGCUCCUGAUAGAAGCACAGAUUAUUUGGAGACACUCAGAGCUCUUGACGUUCAAUACAAACAGGGCAAAUUUGAGUUACUCGGUUUGUCCAAUUAUGCAAGUUGGGAAGUAGCUGAGAUUGCGACACUUGCACGUGUUCAUGAUCUUGUGAAACCUAGUAUUUAUCAAGGUGUCUACUCUGCUAUCCACAGGGCCGUUGAACCUGAAUUAUUCCCAGCAUUACGUAAAUUUGGUAUUGGGUUUUACGCAUAUAACCCACUUGCAGGUGGUCUCCUUACUGGUGCCGUCAAGCUUGGUGGGUCAGUAGAAGAAGGUAGUCGUUUUGAUGAGAAUCGCCAUCAAGGCAAAUUGUACAGAGCUAGAUAUUUUAAUGAAGGAUACUCUAACGCAUUAAAUGAAUUUAUCAAACUAGCAACAAAAUAUUCGCUUAGUCCUGCCGAAGUUGCACUCAGAUGGUUGACACAUCAUAGCUUUCUCAAGAAAGAGAGUGGUGAUGCUAUCAUUAUUGGUGCAUCUUCAAUCAAACACAUCAAGAGCAACCUCGAUGAUUUAGAUAAAGGUCUUCUCCCGGAAGAAUUGGCUGAAGAGGUAGCAGGACUAUGGACAACGCUCAAACCAUAUGCAAAUAGCUACUUUCGCUAAAUAUUAUAAUGUCAUUAAGAUGCAUGCUUCUUUAUCACCUCUUUAAUUGCCCAACCUAUCACUGAAGAUGACGGUACAAGUGAAUUAAUAGCUGGCUUGUUAUCAUUUAUGUUUGAUCUUCCAUCUAAGUUAGGAUUUAUGUGAGUAUUGUUGAGGAAAUUAGAUCCAAUGACAUUGCCCCAACGUACUUCUAGUAUUUUAUUAUUGAGAAGAGCGUCAACUGUUUCUUGUCCAUAGUCCCUUCUCGCUGUAAAAAUGUCCAAUGGACUAUUGUCUGUUAAAUCAGCGAUUUUUUGUAGUAAAGCAAGUGUAUUUGGUGGUGCACUCAAUCCAGACGGUGGAUAAAGGUGCGAUUCAACAGUUAUCUUGGCAUGAGUUGCAACCUUUGAUUGUGAUAUACUUAAACCGUCAUGCAACCAAUCACCAAGCAAAUAAUCUUUCCAAUGAAUAAACUUUCCACCUAGGACUCCAUAAAGGUUGUCAAAAUUGUCCAAUAUAUGGGGAUGAAGGUGUGAUUGCUUUACUUGUAGAAGUAUGUGAUCCUUUAAAUAUGCCUUGAUUGAUUCUAUAGAUGGAUCUGUCAAAUGAAACACCUGCGUAUGUGGAAGCACAUUGUAACUCAUUAGUGUAUGCAUGAACAUAGAAUCUGAUGUGCAGAAUAUUGUAUGUAGCAACCUUUCUUGCUUAGUAAGAACUGUAAGACCAUCCAAUAUUAUCUUUAGGGUAUCAGAAUGUUUCUCAUCGAGCAAUUGCGGUAAGCGAUGCGCCUCAUCUAUCAAUAAA